CGCAACACCGAUGAUCCCACUCACUCAUGUUUACGGAUUUGUUGUUUCAUCACACGGAUCCGGAAUUUAAUUUUCUAAGGCUUUCCAGAAGGGUCGGGAAGCCUCAUAUAUCAGGAAAAUGUCCGAUACGGAGAAGAAGGGGUCUUCGGAGAGCCAAGUCACCGUGGUUAGAAAUGCGACGGACCUCCAGCGACUCAAGUUGGAGAAGUUGAUGAAAAAUUCGGAAAAACUCGCAUUCAUUCCUGAUCGACCUAAAGAUAAGAAGUUCUCUGAUCCAGCCGAGUUUGUGCGCAAUGUUAUGGGCUCAAGCGCAGGAGCUGGCAGUGGUGAAUUCCACGUCUAUCGGCACAUCCGGCGCAGGGAGUAUGCACGUCAAGAAUUCCUCAACCAGAUGAAGGACAAGGAUAAUCUCAACCAUGAAUACCAUGAAAAAAUUGAGCAGAAUCGUCGCGCUUUAGAAACCAAAACAGCCAAGAAAAGAGCAAAGAGGCAGCGGCAGAAAGAGAAACAGGCAGCAAAGAGACAAAAGAUGAAGGAGAUGAAAAAGAAGGGAAUAACGGUCGAAAACCAGAGCUCAUCCUCGGAAAGCAGUGAAGAAGAGGAGGAAGAGGAAGAGAAAGAGGAGAGAGUGAGUGAAGAUGAUGGUAAAGAGAAGGAAGAGAGGUUGAAGGAAGGGGAAGGAGUGAAGGGUGAUGGAAAGAAAGAUGGAGAGAAGGAAGAUGAGAAUAAGAUAAUAAGAAACAUCAAAAAGAGGAUGGGGAAGGAAUAGGUGACACAAGAGAAGGAAGCAAGGAACAAAGAAAUGAAAGAUUAGAGAAAGAAGAUGAAAAAUGUGAGAAAUAAACAGUUACACAGGAGUAUAAAGGAGACUAUGAGCUCAGAAUGAAUUUGUUAAGGUGAAUAAAUGUUUUUGUUAAAAAAAGAAAGAAAAUGAUGACCAAUAAAAUUAAAAUAAUAAGA